AUGGAAACACCAAUCAUGCCUACUACUCAAAAAGAAGUGACCCCAAUUAUGGUCCAACCAAUGCCGAAUUGGAAGCCUCCGAAAUCGAUUUCAAGUCCACCAACUCCAUUGGACAGCCCAUUCAUGGCCGGACCAAUUCGUCCAAGAUUUUCAACUCGAUCAGUGGAAGUUUCGAUUCCGAUCCACGUGGAAGAAGAGAAGGAGCUGGUUGCUCCAAAGAAGGAUAUUACCCUUGUGGUUCCUGACCAUUGGCUGGAUUGCCCAUUCAAAGAGCACGGAUGUCAUAAGAAAGGAGAGAAGAAUGAGGUGAAGAGACAUGUCAGAGAUGAUAGAAAUCUUCAUUUGGUGCUUCUCUGCUUGUCUCUCAACCCAAUCCGUUCGAAAAUCAACAUCCAACAAUCUGGAUACGUGGAUAAGUAUGCCGGAAUGCUUCAAUACAUGAACUUGGCUGAAUCGUCGUUUGAGAAAUUCGGAAGCCAACAUACAUUUCACGUCCCGAAAAUCGGAUUGGCUGUUGUCAAGGCAACAAAAAACAAAUCGCAUCGUUCACUCUUCAGCCAACCAUUCUAUUCCCAUGGUUAUGGAUACAAGAUGAUGGCUGUAGCUGCACCAUAUGGUGAUGGAUUGGUGACCAAGACUAUCUAUGUGAACAAGGUGCCAGAGAUUCAAGAGUUUCUGGAGAGACCAGAAGGACUAAGAAAUGGAACUUUUGGAUUCCAAGACUUUCUUCCAUUAGCCAAAAUCACUGAAUUUGCUGCGGAUGGAGACAUUUUCAUUCAAAUCAAAGUGCUUCUGAGCCAUGAGAAAUUGUUCGAAGCAGAAGAGAUCGAUUCGAUGGAAUGUCAAGGUGCAAAUGUGGCCGGAUUCAAGACCAAAAACGAAUGA